AUUUUGUUUCACCGGUGGGCGGCAACCUCGCCUUGGCUGCCCGCCGGACAAACUCAAAUUUCCCUAAUUUCUUCUUCAAUGGCAGAUUCUUCAACAACACUUUCACCACCGCAACACCAGAUCCGAUCACAACCGUUGGAUCCCACUUUUCCUCUCAUCAAUCAAAACCAGUGGCCUCCUGUGCCAUUGCCCGAGUUAGCCAAGUCAGAGCCAACACGCACCCACGCGCCGCCCAUGGCGCGAGCUCCUCAGCAGCCGGAAAGAUGAUGAUGCAAAAGUUUACUCUCAAAUUGCCCUUGGAUCUCAGAGAUGGGAUCGGUUUCACUGAAGAUAGGCGAUGGAACAGCCAGAUUCAAAAGAGCAACUCUCUGUUCUUCAGCUGUAAAUGUCCUCAUGCUCUUCUCUGUCCUCACUACUAAUCUCUUCGCUUUGUAUGCUUUCACUUCCUCCCCAAAUCCCCACCCACUUCACCACUCUCACAAGAACAUCUCUCUCAUCUCCGAACAAGUCUCUCUCAUCCUCAGAGAGAUCGAUUCUUCUCAGAAAAAGCUUGCCCAGAUGGAGAAAGAGCUUCUCGGCUAUGAAAGCAUCGAUCUUUCACGACCCAACAUCGCAAACGAGCUCAAACUCUUCCUCAAACAACACGAGCUUCCACUUGGCAAAGAUUCAAGGACUGGGAUCACUGAAAUGGUGGCCUCUGUGGGUCAUUCUUGUGAGAAAUCUGUGGAUUUGCUCUCUCAGUACAUAAAUUACAAAGUCAAUGGUCCUUGCCCAGACGAUUGGAGCCUUGCCCAGAAGCUGAUUUCGCGAGGAUGAGGAUUAUUGAAGCGGGUUCUAGGUAUAACCAGAAGACCAGUGGACUAUUGGGUCCACCUCGCAUCCCAAGUCUCCAUUUACAUCAACCCCAGAAAAGUCCAGCUAGCCACGUGAUCCCCUAACCAAUGCACUUUACUCUCUCUCGGUGCUGAGAGAGAGAG